CUCGUAUUCUCCGCCCUCUCCUCUACUUUUCACCCAUCUCAUAAUAUAUACCUAUAUAUAUAUAUAUAUAUGUAUUCACUCUCUUCGCCCCCAUUUUGAUCCAUUGAUCUCUUCCCUUCGAUUCCUCGCCGUUUUGGACUGCCGGGCGACCUCAGAAUCGAAUCUCCUUCUGCAUUCAUUCGAUUCCUGUAGCUGUUGCUGUUCUUAGUUGUCGGCCUCCACCGAAAAUGGCGUGUUCAGCAGCCUCCAAAAUCAUCCACAACCCUCUGUUGAUUAGCUCUCCCAGAUCUGGAGAUAAGUCUGCUUCUUCGUGCAAAUUGGUGAGCAACUCCAAUUUUAUUGGCUCGUCUGCGUCCAAGCUGGUUUCUGGGAACAAAAGGAUUUCUGCUGUCGGCCGCCGAUCUUCCACCGUCGUUGCUGUUUCCGACGUGGUGAAGGAGAAGAAGCUCAAGCCUGGUUCAGCUACUACCAAUUUGUUGAUAACGAAAGACGAGAGCUUGGAAUUGUACGAGGACAUGGUUCUAGGGAGGUCUUUUGAGGACAUGUGUGCGCAGAUGUAUUACAGAGGCAAAAUGUUUGGAUUUGUGCAUCUCUACAAUGGCCAAGAAGCCGUAUCCACGGGCUUCAUCAAGCUCUUAAAAAAAGAAGAUUGUGUGGUCAGCACAUACCGCGACCACGUCCACGCAUUGAGCAAAGGCGUGCCUGCCCGUCAGGUCAUGAGCGAGCUUUUUGGGAAGGCCACCGGUUGCUGUAGGGGCCAGGGGGGCUCGAUGCACAUGUUCUCCAAGGAGCACAAUCUGCUCGGCGGGUUUGCCUUCAUUGGGGAAGGCAUUCCCGUCGCGACGGGGGCUGCAUUCACUAGCAAGUACAAGAGGGAAGUUCUGAAGGAGGAUUGUGAUGAGGUGACACUGGCGUUCUUCGGAGACGGGACUUGCAACAACGGCCAGUUCUACGAAUGCUUGAACAUGGCUGCACUGUGGAAGCUUCCCAUUGUGUUUGUUGUCGAGAACAAUUUGUGGGCAAUCGGAAUGUCCCAUUUGAGGGCAACCUCUGAUCCCCAAAUUUGGAAGAAAGGUCCCGCUUUUGGCAUGCCUGGUGUUCAUGUCGACGGAAUGGAUGUGUUGAAGGUGAGGGAGGUUGCGAAAGAAGCUGUCGGUCGGGCUAGAAGAGGCGAGGGCCCGACAUUGGUUGAAUGUGAGACUUAUCGUUUCAGAGGUCACUCUUUGGCUGAUCCCGAUGAGCUGCGUGACCCUGUCGAGAAGGCUCAUUACGCUACGCGGGAUCCCAUCACUGCCCUGAAAAAGUACAUUCUUGAAAGCAACUUAGCAAGCGAAUCUGAGCUCAAGGCCAUAGAUAAGAAGAUCGAUGAGCUAAUCGAAGAAGCAGUCGAAUUUGCAGAUGAAAGCCCUCACCCCGUUCGCAGCCAGUUGCUAGAGAACGUAUUCGCAGAUCCCAGAGGCUUCGGCAUCGGUCCUGAUGGCAAAUACAGAUGCGAGGACCCGAAAUUCACCGAAGGCACGGCGCAGGUCUAACCUGCAAUGGCAAACAAAACCGUCCCGGUGAUAUCCAUAUAGCCAAAGUUAAGCUAAAUACACUACUACUGCAUUAUGUAACUUGACAUUGCUUGCUGUUUUAUCCGAUACACCUCCGAUCGAUGUUGAUCGUCGGCAUUGUUGUCGUUGUUGUUGUUGUUUAGGAUUUGUCCAAGCUUGAGCUGUAUCAUCAUCUUCAUCUUCAUCUGUUUCUAUGGUUUUCAGUAGUCUUGUUUAUUGAAUUGGAUACUGUUUGUUUGGUAUAGAACUUGUUUUGGAGAUUA